GGGACCGCGGUGCUUUCUGGGUAAAAAUGGACGCUCACGAUCUCUUCCGCCGGCUCGGCGUGGGGGCCAAGUUCGACGUGAAACGUUUCUCUGCGGACGCCGCGCGAUUCCAGGUAGGAAAAAGGAAACAUGAUUUUGAUUCUUCAGAGAUUCUGCAGGGACUGGACUUCUUUGGAAACAAGAAGUCUGUCCCAGGUGAGUGUGGAUUAUCAAGAACUCACCAGGAGCUUCAAGAUGAAGAGAAAAAAGAAGAGAGUCUAACUGAAAAGAAGAGGGAACAGAACAAGAAAAAGAGGAAAAUGAUGUUAUCAGAAACUACUUCUCAAGAAGAAGUUUCUACUAUACAGUGGAUAUCAUCUGUGGAAGCAAAGAUUGAAGAUAAAAAAAUUAAAAGAGAAAAGAAGCUAACUUCAGGAAAGUUGGAGAAUCUCAGAAAAGAAAAGAUAAACUUCUUCCGGAAUAAACAUAAAAUUCACGUCCAGGGAACUGAUCUUCCUGACCCAAUUGCUACCUUUCAGCAACUUGACCAAGAAUAUAAAAUUAGUUCUCGACUGCUUCAGAACAUUCUGGAUGCAGGCUUCCAGAUGCCUACACCAAUCCAAAUGCAAGCCAUUCCAGUUAUGUUGCAUGGUCGAGAACUUCUGGCUUCUGCUCCUACCGGAUCUGGAAAGACUUUGGCGUUUAGCAUCCCCAUUUUGAUGCAACUAAAACAACCCACAAAUAAAGGCUUUAGAGCUCUGAUUAUAUCACCAACACGAGAACUUGCCAACCAGAUUCACAGAGAGUUAGUAAAAAUCUCAGAGGGAACAGGAUUCAGGAUACAUAUGAUCCACAAAGCAGCAGUGGCAGCCAAGAAAUUUGGACCUAAAUCAUCUAAGAAGUUCGAUAUUCUUGUGACUACUCCAAAUCGACUAAUCUAUUUAUUAAAGCAAGAUCCUCCAGGAAUAGAUUUAACAAGUGUAGAGUGGCUGGUAGUAGAUGAAUCAGACAAACUGUUUGAAGAUGGCAAAACUGGGUUCAGAGACCAGCUGGCUUCCAUUUUCCUGGCCUGCACAUCCCAUAAGGUCAGAAGAGCUAUGUUCAGUGCAACUUUCGCAUAUGAUGUUGAGCAGUGGUGCAAACUCAACCUGGACAAUGUCAUUAUGGUAUCCAUUGGAGCAAGGAAUUCUGCAGUAGAAACUGUAGAACAAGAGCUUCUCUUUGUUGGGUCUGAGACUGGGAAACUUCUGGCCAUGAGAGAACUUGUUAAAAAGGGUUUCAAUCCACCUGUUCUUGUUUUUGUUCAGUCCAUCGAAAGGGCUAAAGAACUUUUUCAUGAGCUCAUAUAUGAAGGUAUUAAUGUAGAUGUUAUUCAUGCAGACAGAACACAGCAACAGAGAGAUAACACAGUCCACAGCUUCCGAGCUGGAAAAAUCUGGGUUCUUAUUUGUACAGCCUUGCUGGCCCGUGGGAUUGAUUUUAAAGGUGUGAACUUGGUGAUCAACUAUGAUUUUCCAACCAGCUCAGUGGAAUACAUCCACAGGAUAGGUCGAACUGGAAGAGCGGGGCAUAAAGGAAAAGCUGUUACAUUUUUCACUGAAGAUGAUAAACCAUUAUUAAGAAGUGUUGCCAAUGUUAUACAGCAGGCUGGAUGUCCUGUGCCAGAAUACAUAAAAGGUUUCCAGAAACUACUAAGCAAACAAAAGAAAAAGAUGAUUAAGAAGCCAUUGGAAAGGGAGAGCAUUAGUACAACUCCAAAAUAUUUCUUAGAAAAGGCUAAGAAUAAACGGAAAAAGGUCCCUGGUCAGAACAGCAAGAAGAAAGUAGCUCUUGAAGACAAAAGUUAAAAGCAGACUUUUUAAAAGACUGUAUCAGAAAUGGAACUUCAUGACCCCAGCAUGAAUGUUGUUUUCAUGAAAUACUUGAAAUCCUGUAAUCACCUGUAACAUUUGAAAUCAACUACAAAAAAGUGGGACUGAUGAAAAAUGAUCCUAAACUAUCAAGGCAUCAUGUCAAAUUUCAAUUUAUGGGUGACUUUUAAAUGAUGACACAAUGGAAAUAACAUUCAUUCACAUUUCUGUGGUGUGAAUGCGGAGAGAUACUUCUUAUAGAAGAACAAAAGCUUAUGCUAAAAUUAACAACAGCCAAAUGUGGUGAGCUCUGAAGGAUUUUUCCCUUCAGUGUGAAGGAAGGUGUGAUAUAUGCUAUGAGGAGGCAUCUGGAACCAAAUUUUAAAAUAAAGCCUUGAGAUUAAGUGCUCCUUUUCA